GCAAUGGCUCCCGAUGAGAGAAAGAGAUACGCACUGAUUACGGGCUGCACCCCCGGAGGCAUCGGACACUAUCUCGCCCUCGAAUUUGCAGCCAAAGGCUUCCACGUCCUCGCGACCGUCCGCGACCCCUCCAAAUACACCUCCCCCCACCCCUCCAUAACCUACCUCCCCCUGGAACUCAGCUCGGAACCCAGCAUCCUCGCCCUCAAAGAAACCGUCACAACCCUCACCUCGGGCCGCCUCGACAUCCUCUACAACAAUGCCGGGCGCAACUACACCAUCCCCGCCCUCGACUUCUCCACCGACGAACUCCACGACCUCUUCCAGGCAAACGUCUUCUCCGUCAUGCAAAUGUGCAAAGCCUUCACGCCCCUCUUAAUCGCUGCAAAAGGCACCAUCGUCCAGACGGGCAGUAUAGCGGCCAUCAUGCCGUAUGCGUGGGGGGCAUGCUACUGCGCGUCCAAAGCCGCGCUGCACGCCUACUCGAAUACGCUGCGAGUCGAACUCGCGCCGCUCGGCGUGCGCGUCAUCACCGUCAUCACGGGCGGCGUGAAAUCGAACAUUGCGCGCGUUCAUCGCGAGUUACCCCCGGAUUCGUACAUGCUUCCCUUGAAGGACGAGUACGAGUCGCGGUUGACGCAUUCGCAACAGUUGGGCAUGGAUACGGAGCAGUAUGCGCGGAGCUGCGUGCGGCAGGUUCUGGCGGGGGAUGAGUGGGGCGGGCUGGUGAGGAGGAGGUGGAUCUGGGAGGGCAAGAUGAGUUGGGUGGUGAGGUUUGUGACGGCGUGGUUGCCGGCCGGGGUGUUGGAUUGGUAUUUCACGCGGAGGUUCGGUUUGGGGAGGUUGAGGGGGACGGUGGGGAGGAAGGAGGAUUGAUUGAUCUUGAGGGUCGUUUUGGAGCGAUGCCAGUCAGUUUUGAGCGGUCUUUGCUUUGAAGGGUUGGGGAUAUCCUGGAGCAACCUGCUAAGGACGAUGUGUACUGUGUAGGCCCUCCCGGGUCUUCUUCUUGGUGGGAUUUUAUUCACCCCGCUCCAAUCUCUCAAUCUCCGCCUUGGUCCUCUGAAUCUCCGCCUGCAGAACCUUGGCUCGCCGGGCCGCAUCCCUCAUUCCCUUUUCUCCCGCCUUGUCAUACAACUCCAGCGUCUGCCUCGCCAGCGCCUCCCUAUCCUUUAACGCAUUCCUCUCCUGUCUUUGGACGGCUCUA